AUGUCAAACUUUGAUCUUGAAAAACAGGGAAGCCACGACUCAGAACCCCCUCAAAUCUCUCGCAUCCAGACUUCUGGACCUAGCAAUGAAAUUCUUCACAUUGGAGAUACAAAGGUCUACAAACAUGACCUCAUUGCCGCUUUCGGAGGUUCCUUAAAUGUCGGUCUAACAGAAGCUCCCUCACGCAAAUUCGCAAACCCAGGUCCUCUUGGUCUCUCUGCUUUCGCACUCACUACUUUCUGUCUCUCUCUGGUAAAUGUCCGUGCCCGUGGUGUCUCUGACCCUGCAGGUGUUGUUGGUCUUGCAUUCUUUUACGGUGGAUUUAUUCAACUUCUUGCAGGUAUGUGGGAAGUUGUUGUUGAAAACAAUUUCGGUGCAACUGCUCUAUCAUCUUAUGGAGGUUUCUGGCUUGCUUGGGGAGCUCUUGAAACUGAUGCUUUUGGUCUUCGUGCUGCAUAUGCAACUUCUAGAGAAUGGAAUGAUAUGGUGGGCUUUUUCUUAUUAGGUUGGCUCAUUUUUACUACCAUCCUGCUCUGUCUUACCGUCAAAUCUACUCUCGCCUUUUUCUCACUCUUCUUAUUCCUUGAAAUCACUUUCCUUUUUUUGGUAAUUGGACAUUUGGGUCACACUGCUGUUUGCAACAAGAUUGGUGGUUACUUUGGAAUCAUCACAUCACUUCUUGCCUGGUACAAUGCUUACGCUGGUCUGGCAACUCAUGAGAACUCUUACUUUGUUCCCAAGGUCAUUUACAUGCCUGGCACUGUUCUCCCCAAAUAA